AUGAACACAUCACUGUCCGUGGCCCAGCUGACCCUGACCUCGGUGUUUGUCGCGCCGGUCGCGACAGUAUUUGUAUGUGAGCUUUCGGGAGCUGAUUGGGGCGGCUGCGGCGCGCAGAACCUGGGCGCCGAGAGAGGCCUGGCCCCGCGUGGGGUCGAGCCGGCGCGGCUGCCGCCGGGGAGCCUGAAGCGCGGGGCCACACACGCAGGGCCCAACUCGUUAGGCCGUGAGCGGCCGCGGCCUUGGCGGCGAGGCCUCCUAGGUGCCGGCUGGGGCGCUAAGGAGCGGAGCGCAGGCUGGGCCCCGGCCGCGGGCGGGAUAAGAGGUCGACGGUCCUGCUCGCGCGUGGAGAAGGAGGCAGCCGCGGUGGCGGCUGUUUUCCUAGAGAAAGAGAGCUUCGUUCUGUCCUUCUCUUCUGCCUCUGAUGCAGAAUUUGAUGCUGUGGUUGGAUAUUUAGAGGACAUUAUCAUGGAUGAUGAGUUCCAGUUAUUACAGAGGAAUUUCAUGAACAAGUACUACCAGGAGUUUGAAGACACAGAAGAGAAUAAACUCACCUACACACCUAUUUUUAAGGAAUAUAUUUCUUUGGUAGAAAAGUAUAUUGAAGAACAGCUGCUGGAGCGGAUUCCUGGAUUUAACAUGGCACCUUUCACCACAACUUUGCAGCACCAUAACAAUGAAGUGGCUGGUGACAUAUUUGACAUGCUGCUCACGUUCACACAUUUUCUGGCUUUUAAGGAAAUGUUUCUGGACUACAGAGCAGAAAAAGAAGGCCGGGGACUGGAUUUAAGCAGUGGUUUGGUGGUGACUUCAUUGUGCAAAUCAUCCCCCGUGCCAGCUUCCCAGAAUGAUCUGCGGCACUAGGUCCUACCACCAGGCAACGAUAUCUUUCUGGACGUCGCCAGCCCCACAGACUGGAAGAGGCUUUGGCUAUGUGACAGAAUACAUCUUGGAAAGACUGGCUCUGUUCCACAACUCUUCACUGACGUUAAGUAUUGGUGGGUCAGAAGACAGUCUUCUGACCCUCCUAGGCCCCUGAAGCACCUUGUGUUCAGUAAUCCUAGCACUCCUCCCCAAGUAGGCCCCUCUCUCUGGCCUGAGUCAGGCUCCUCUGGAGCAAGCCUGAGGCCCGCAUUCCCCCAGGGACCCCUUCCCCAGGAUAAAUGUUGGUAGGUCAGCAGCAUUUGGAAGAACCCACCAGCUCCAGCCCUCUUUGGCUCCACAUGUCCAUCAGGCUUUUUAUGUGCUCACAGCUUCCUGUAUGCAUCAGUUUCGGUCCUGCAGCCUCAGAGGGGUUUUUACCUGUGUGGGAACAUUUCUCUAGGGUGUUCCUUGAGCUGGCUGUCCUCUGCAGC